UCACCCAUUCAUCCCACCCACACAAACAAACCAAUAACUAUAUAUUAAUACAAUAUCCACAUUCAAAUCAAACCAAAAAUGUCUCUUGUGACAAAAGCAAUUAGGGAAAGUGCAUCAGAAAUUUAUCAUGGUGAUGCAAUUUGUCAAGAAAAAUCAAAGGAAUUACUAACCGAAAUGGGACUACCCAAUGGUCUUUUGCCUUUAGAGGACAUUGUGGAAUGUGGGUAUGUCAAAGACACCGGUUUUGUGUGGCUUAUACAAAAGAAAGAGAAGAAACACAAGUUUGAAAAGAUCGGGAAGCUUACAACGUAUGGAACGGAGGUAACCGCAUAUAUAGAGAAGUUUAAGAUAAAGAAACUCACGGGUGUUAAGUCUAAGGAGCUUUUGAUGUGGAUCACACUGAGUGAGAUCACUCUUGAUAAUCCGCCCACUGGAAAGAUCAACUUUAAGGCCACUUCUGGCCUUUACAGAUCUUUUCCAGUAUCGGCUUUUCAACUUGAUGAUGUGAAGAAAGAUGUUGGAGGCGCGAGUGUGGCUAAGGAUGCCCAAGUGAAGGAGGUUUGAGCUAGUGAAGAAGUUUAAUAUAAUAUAUAACAAUAUGAAGUAAUAUUUAUGAUCACUUUCAUUUUAUGAUGUACCAUCUUAUCAAUAAUUAUAGAUCUAAUGCAUCAUGACUUUUGUUUCAAA